AUGAAGAUCAGGAAAUGUUGCCUGAAGACCCUAGGGGGAGGAGGUGUGACUGUGGAUGUGAACCCCCUGAUGGUGUCUAGACACUGGGAGUGGAGGGGGUGGAGGUGUGACUGUGGAUGGAGUGCCUCGGCCCUACAGGACACCACCUCCGUCUCCGCUGACAGGUGGAGCUUUAUCCCGGAGGUGAAGGAGAUGGAGGAGGGCUGCAGCGAGGCUCAAUGGAAACAACAGACAGGCGACAGGCUCUACAUCGAGGACCUGGCCCGCAGCGUGGAGCAGAGCCGGCGCCUCAUCGUCAUCCUGACCCCCGAGUUUGUCUCCAAGCGGGGCUGGAGCAUCUUCCAGAUCGAGCCGCGCCUGCACGCCAUGCUGGUCACCGGGGAGAUCAAGGUGAUCAUGAUAGAGUGUGCUGACCUCAAGGGUGUAAUCAACUACCAAGAGGUUGAAGCACUUAAACACACCAUCAAGGUUCUGUCCAUCAUCAAGUGGCGAGGGCCUAAGAGCAACGAGCUCCACUCCAAGUUCUGGAAACAGGUGGUCUACGAGAUGCCUGCCAAGCGCAGGGAAACGCUGUCCAGACGGCAGGUGAUGGAUUCAGGUGAGCAAGGCCUGUUUGGGGACCUACAGACCAGUGUCUCCACCAUUGCCAUGACAACCACCUCAUCAUCUCUGGCACCACCUAACGACAGUCGCCAUGGACACCAUCAAGUUGCCCUGACGACGGAGAUCCCCGACUACAACCAGAUGACCCUGCCACUGGGCGGGGGGCACAGCGCCACGGCGGCCCAGAUGAGGCACUUCUGCCGCAGCUACGAGUUCCAGCUGCCCCCCCCUCUCCCGUCCUCCAUGUCCCCCCCGCUGCCCCCGCCCUCCACCGUGCAGUUCUCCACCCUGGGCCCCGGGGGGCGCCACGUCUACUGCAACAUCCCCAUGACGCUGCUGAACGGACAGGGCCAGAGCAGUACCCUGGGGAAGAAGCCAGACCUCCACAUGAACAGCACCUUCGUGCCGCUCACCAGCCGAGAGCUGAGCUCCGACAUCUGGUAGAUGGAGGAGGAGCGGCCGGCUGCCUGGCCCCGUGGCUGCCUGGCCGCCUGGCUGCCUGGCGCUGGUGUACAGUCAGCCCGGUUCUACAGGCUGCUUUGUGUUGGUGCCGCAUCCCGGACUACACCAUCCGCUUGUUUGUAUCUUAUCAGUACCGCCCGUUUGGAAACAUGAAAAAAGGGGACAAUUUUGAAUGGGCUUUAGCUGCUCUGGUUUUGACUGACUGCUGCCUGCGGACAGGCUGCUGCGGGUCCAGACAGCCACUCGUCGGCUGCUUAAGAACAACCUGAGUCUGUCAAUGUUUGUUUUUUUAACAGCUCUACUAAGGUACACAGGCUGCAGACUGUUGCCGGCCUGUUUACUGACUGAUUCCAGCUGCUUGCGGAUGCUAGGUGUGGGUAACAGCCCAUUUCACCGGGGAACCAUUUUGUGUGAGCAUUAUCUUCCAGCCUCAUAGCGGUUCUCACCGAUUGGUCGGAUCCAACGCCAACAGCUCCUAGAUGGACAGGGCGACUCGGUCUGAGACCUGCUUCCCACAAGGGGUUUAAAAAGGGGAUAGUUGCGUUGACCGCUGUUGACUCCGUACCGGUUUGAACUCUGUUGGAGCUUCACUCAGCUCAGGCGAUGGUUGAGGUGGGUCGGUCCUCGGCCGGGCAGCCCUGCCACAGGCUCAAGGGUUCGGUCAGCCGCUCCCAAGGGAACAGACCUCGAGAAAAUGAGAGGAGCACAGAAUGAAAUCCACAAUGACAUUGUGCUCCCGUUCACCGGGACACUUCAGCAACAAGAGGGAAUGCCGAUGGUCACGGAUUGCUGAAUCACGGAAUACCAGCUGUUCUGCCUUCACUGGGAAUUUUGAUGCAUUGCUAAUACCAGUGAGUCCCGUCGGAGGAAGUAGAACUCCAGUUCAUGUCGACGUGGAAGCCUGCUUUAAAUAAAUGGUAAUCAUAAUAAUAAUAAUAAUAAUAAUAUAGCGUCAUCAUGGAAUGCCAGUCACCCAUCAAACUAAAGGAUUUCCGAGGGAUAUUGUGUCUGUAUCGUGACUGAAUUGGCAGGGGUUCGCUCAGCGCCAUGGUCCGUGUAUUCUCUGGAUAACGUAUGUUCAGCUCAGCCACAGCUAGUCGCUACCUCUCGAUGUACAGCCCAGCAACUAGCAAGGUGGUAGUAUGGCCCAUAUUGUGGACUGAAAGGAUUUGGAUCCAAUGCAAAGCAAUGCACACAUGGACUCUUGCAGCAGUUCCUAAGUUACUGAGGGUGAGGUUCCUAUUACUUCAUGACCAUUGACUUCUGGACAAAGUGAAAAUAGUUCACAGAGGGCCAUUUCACACGGAUGGACAAGGCAUUUUCAACCAAGCCUGGAACUGGACAUAGAAUGCAAUGAAAUCAGACAUGGGUUCAUGUCCCUGCCAAAUAAAUCAGUCAAAAGUCAGCAAAACAAGCCCAGGGCGUGAACUGUCCACCUUACAGCCGGACAAAGAGACAUUCACAAUGUUUUUCUAUUUGCAUGAACACUAAUUUAGAUGAAAAGGAGAAAAAAAAAACACGGAUUAACCAAUAAAAUGAAACAACCAUUGGUUGCAGACUUAAUACGAAGCUGAGCGGUUUAAAGACAUAUUUACAAUAUAUGUAUCUAUAUAUAUAUAUAUCUCUAUAUAUAUAUAGAUGUAUAUAGAUAUAUCUAUAUAUAUUUGUUUUCUCUUUGGCCAUAAACAAACAGUACUACUCAAAAAAGGGAACGGGAGACUUGUCUCCGAACAGUGAUUUUGUUAUUUUGUUGUUUUUGAUUUAUUGAUUGAAUCUGAAGAACCUCACUUUUUAGAUGUCUGAGGUAAUAUUGAACUCAACUUUUUUUUCGUUGCAGUGUUAGAGUUAUAUCUGUACAGUUUCCAUAGAGUCUGCCUACUACGAAUACGUAAGAAUGAUUAACUCCUUGACAAUUAUGUAACGACAUCAGCGUUUGCGUGUGCUCAUGAAUGACAAAACGAGAGCGAGAGAGAUCAAUCGUCCACAGCAUUCUGCUUCCUUUUAGUUUCUCCUAUUGUCCCUGGCCAGGUGGAUCGAUGGCUUGUGCUGACUUUAGCCCAGCAUAUGAACGUGGACCAGGACUCCACCCCUGAUAAACACUCAUCUCUAAUCAGUCAGGUCAAGUUUUACGUUGCAUAAAAAAAGUAAGACCCAUUCUUCUUUGUGAGCUUUAAGGAACAAAACAUUGUUACAGACAUUGUUAGCGUGAUAUUUAAGUGGAAUAAUUGCUUUCAUGGUUUUACACCAAGAUAUUGUCUGUUAUUUUUUUUUUCAAACCAAUGAAUGAAUAGUUGACGUUGUUUGAUACAAUAAUACAUUUGUUUAAGUUGUUAUAUUCGGUGGCAAUAUAAAGUGAGUGUGUUCUGUUUUUGCUCAUUAUGUUGACAACGUUUGGAUACUUUUGGUUGAAAUCAUUUAAUUAAGAGCAAAUAAAAUCCAUAUUGGUUGUUUUCUA